AUGACAGGUGGGGGGGGGGGUGUGAGAGGAAAAAGGUGGAAUGAAAUAAAGGUUGGAGUGGGGGGGGGGGGGGGGGGGGGGGGGGGGGGGGGGGGGGGGGGGGGGGGGGGGGCGGGGAUAAGGGGGGGGGGGGGGGGGGGUGGGGGGGGGUCAGGGUGGGGGGGGGGGGGGGAGGGGGGUGUGGGGUGUAUUAGGAAUGGGUUAGGUGUGUGGAAGAGUGUAUUGAAUAAGUGGGGGGGGAGUAGUGGGGGUUAUUGGAUUUGUUUUUGGGGAAUGUUGGGGUAUGGGUGUUAG